AUGGCCACCGUCACCACAAAGACUGGCCAGGCGGUCGAUCGCCUGGUCCUGGACUCAAUGCUCCGCCGCCGCAUGUUCUACACCCCCUCCUUCGAGAUCUACGGUGGCGUGUCUGGUCUCUAUGACUUUGGCCCACCCGGUACUGCGCUGGUCGCCAACAUGACCGAGUUGUGGCGCAAGCACUUUGUCCUCGAGGAGGAUAUGCUCGAGGUUGACUGCACCAUGUUGACCCCUCACGACAUCCUCAAGACCAGUGGGCACGUGGACAAGUUCGCCGACUGGAUGUGCAAGGACCCCAAGAAUGGCGAGAUUUUUCGUGCCGACCACCUGGUGGAGGAGGUUUUGGAGAACCGGUUGAAGGGUGACAAGGAGGCUCGUGGCCAGAAGGUCGAGGUUGACGCCGAGAAGGAGGCCAAGAAGAAGAAGAAGCCCAAGAACGAGACCAAGGCCGUCAAGCUGGACGACGCGCUCGUUAAGGAGUACGAGGAGAUCCUUGCGCAGAUCGACAACUUUGAUGGUCCUGCUCUUGAGCAGCUCAUCACCAAGUAUGAUAUUCGCAACCCCGCUACUGACGGCAAGGUCGAGCCCCCGUCGCCUUCAACCUCAUGUUCCAGACCUCCAUUGGCCCCACCAGCAACCUGCCAGGUUACCUGCGUCCGGAGACUGCCCAGGGUCAGUUCCUGA